GGCGCCACGCGCAGCGCAACCAACUUCACGUCCAGCUGUCAUUUCUUUCUCUUUUUCGCCUCCACCGACGAGUUGCGGUCGCUAGAUUUGUAAAUUUCUACAAAAAAAACCAUUAAAAUGGAGAACGACGCCGGUGAGAAUGUUGAUCUGUACGUGCCCCGCAAAUGCUCGGCGUCCAACAGGAUCAUCCAUGCCAAGGAUCACGCCUCCGUGCAGCUGUCCAUCGUGGAUGUGGACCCCGAGACCGGUCGCCAGACCGACGGUUCCAAGACCUACGCCAUCUGCGGCGAGAUCCGUCGCAUGGGCGAGUCCGACGACUGCAUCGUGCGUCUGGCCAAGAAGGACGGCAUCAUUACCAAGAACUUCUAAGCGUGGCGUACCCAUAGCUAGAUUUUGAUUUGGUAAUAAAGCGAUUUCCCUUUGUAAUUUAACGUA